AUGGACAAGGGCAAGGCGCGCGCACUCGAGCCCAACAUUGGCGUCGCCGCCGACCCCGCCGCCUCGUCGCCCCUCUCGUACAACCAGCUCGUCGAUGCCCUCGUCGACUUUCUCGAAGUCGCAUUCCACACCAUCCUCUGCCUCCGCGGCGUAUACCCAAACGACGUAUUCACCCGCAGGAAAAAGUACUCGCACCCCUGCUACCAGUCACGCCACCCGGGCCUCAACGAGUACAUCGCACGCAUCCUACGCAGCCUAAAGGCCGAGGUACACCAGUCCAAGGUCGACAAGGUCUUCCUCGUCAUACGGCCCAACGUCGCCUCGCCACCCUCACCCUCGCCCACUCUCUCGCCCUCGGCCAGCACCUCGUCCCCCCACACAUCCUCAUCGCCAGCCGCCGCCUACGAGCGCUUCACAUUCGCCCUCUCCUACAUCCUGCCCUCGUCGCACAUCGACCCGCGCGACCGCAACCUCGCCCUCUCGCACAACCUCACCCGCUCCGAGCUCGACAUUAUCUUCCGCGGCUUCCUCCAAAAGCUCAUGGUCGUCGACGGCGCACUCUACGACAUUCCCAACGCCACCGCCACCGCCACCGGAGGGGGUGGUACCGCGUCGCAGGCCGGUCAGGAGGGCGAACUGACGUUUGCUGUCGUCAUCGAGAUGAACGACGACGCUACCCCUUCGGGUCAGGCAAAGGAUCAGCCGGCCGAGGGAGAUUGGAUCUUUGCCGAUGACGACAAUAUCGGCAGAUUGGCGAGGGCCGACGAGAGGAGGAGGAGAGGCGAAGAGGAUAGGCUGCGCCGCGCCCAGCUUGGACAACCCCCGGCGUCAAAGGACGGCGGCCGUCCCUCGGGCUCCCACUCGGAUGCCGAUUCCGCUUCCGCUUCCGACGACGACGAUGACGGAUCGAGACCCACAGUCCGACACAUCAAGACGCUCGACUCGGGCGUCAUCAACAUGAUGAUGUACGUCGAAGAGGACCUCGUAGCCAAGCUCGGUCCAUCCGCUCCACGGCAUCGCCGCCGCCGCAGCAGCGAUCGCAACGCCGCCAGCGGCCGCCAGGGUCAGGGUCAGGGUCAGGGUCAGGGUCAGGGUCAGGGUCAGGGUCAGGGUCAGGGGCCCAGCAGCAGAAAAGAUUCGACCACAACCGCUGCGUCCGCAGCAUCCCGGCUGCUCUCGACGAAAGCGAGUCAGCUUCUCCACUCCGACGUCCACUCGCAGCAGCAAGCGGGCAGCAGGACAUCGAGGAACCGGGCUAAGCGACUAGACGGAGAGAGGGAGCUCGACCAGCCGCCCGUGGCCGACUUUGACUCUAUGGCGGCUGGCGGCAGGCGAGCAAAGGGCGCUGCUAAGCGGAAGCGCGCCAGGAUGACGCUCGGCGACACGCGCGCCGCGGAAAGCGAGAGCGAGAGCGAGAGCGAUAGCAGCCAUGCCAUGUCCGACGAUCGAUCCAGCAUCGACAUACGGGACGCUGGUGGCAGCGACGUCGACUUGCGGUGA